CUUUUUACUCUGGCAUUCAAUUUGUUUAUUUUUAGAUGGAUGGCGACGUCGAUGAAAUAGAAGAUCAAGAACUGUUUAUGAGGGAAGUAGAAGCUUUUUAUCGCGAGAGGGCCUUGGAAUUUAAACCUCCUAAGUUUUACGGGCAGCCACUGAAUUGUCUCAAAUUAUGGAGAGCUGUAAUUAAGUUGGGUGGCUAUGACACGGUAACUGGAUCAAAGUUGUGGAGGCAAGUGGGCGAGUCUUUCAACCCUCCCAAGACUUGUACGACAGUGUCAUGGACAUUUCGUAUUUUCUAUGAGAAGGCUUUGCUAGAAUAUGAACGGCAUAAGACACAAACUGGUGAGCUUCAGUUCUCUAUCGUCUCUCUCCCUGAUCCUUCAGGGGUUGAUAAUGAGGGUAAUGGUCAUCAAACUCCUGGAUCUGGCAGAGCACGUAGAGACGCUGCUGCCCGUGCUAUGCAAGGAUGGCAUGAUCAACGUCAUAUAAAGUAUAGUGAGGGUGAUGAGCCAAUUGUAAAGGACAAGAACCCAAGCAGUACGACAAAACGUGAAAAGAGUCUCAAAAGUAUAGGUUCUCUUAAACAAAAGAGGCCUAAUGAAGUUGAACUCCCUGUAAAAGCAGCACGAACUGAAACUUCUAGGCAGUUGGAUACUACAAUUGUUGAUGUUGGACCACCUGCUGACUGGGUGAAAAUAAAUGUUCGGGAAGCAAAGGACUGUUUUGAGGUGUAUGCCCUUGUUCCGGGACUUUUACGUGAGGAGGUGCGGGUUCAAUCUGAUCCAGCUGGACGUCUGGUCAUAACUGGUCAGCCCGAGCAGCUCAACAACCCAUGGGGAAUCACUGCCUUCAAGAAGGUGGUGAGCUUACCUGCAAGAAUAGAUCCUCUCCAGACAUCAGCUGUUGUGAGCCUGCACGGGCGUCUCUUUGUGCGGGUCCCACUUGAGCAGCCAAACCUAUAAAUAAAUAAAUGUGGUGACGUGUAGCGGGGAAUGGGACAAUGGCAGGCUAGGCAACAUGAGUUGAGUUCUAGAGGUUGACAGGACCGAGUGCACUCAGUGGCAUUGUCUCUAUGUGUAUGUGUAUGAGUAUGCUGACAGAGAUUACUUUAG